CUUUUCUACUUUGGAAGAGGACCACAUAAAGAAAAGCAUAUAUAUAUAUAUAUAUGAUUCAUCAGUUCAUCAGAUCGAUCUGCAGCUGGAAUCCCAUCACUCCCAAUAAGGAGAAAGCCAAACAGUCCCUACAUUCAUUCACCUGAGCUCUGCACGUUCAUGCCAAUUUAUUGGUAGAGAAUUGAAGGUAGAAAGAGAAAUUGAUAUUAUUAUUAUUAUGGCUCGAGAGAAGAUAAAGAUAAAGAAGAUAGAUAACAUAACGGCUCGGCAAGUGACAUUCUCAAAGAGGAGAAGAGGGCUUUUCAAGAAAGCUCAAGAACUCUCUGUGCUCUGCGAUGCUCAGAUCGCCCUCAUCGUCUUCUCCGCUACCGGCAAGCUCUUCGACUUUGCUAGCUCCAGCAUGAAGGACAUCCUUGGAAAAUACAAGCUGCACUCUAGUGACAAUGAGAAAACAAAUCUCCAACCUUCUCUUCAACUUCAGCUAGAGAACAGUGUUCAUGUGAGACUGAGCAAGGAAAUUGCUGACAAGACUCACGAAUUCAGGAUGUUGAAGGGGGAGGAACUUCAAGGGUUAAGUAUAGAAGAGCUACAACAAUUGGAAAAAAGGCUUGAAGUUGGACUAUCUCGUGUGGUCAAGACCAAGGGUGAAAGAAUUAUGAACGAGAUUGCUACCCUUCAAAGGAAGGGUGCUGAGCUUUUGGAAGAAAAUAAACAAUUGCGACAGAAAGUGGCGAUGAUCGGCGGCGGAAAGUUUCCGGCGACUGCUGACGUGGAGUGCACGGUGGCAGAAGAAGGCAUUUCGUCGGAGUCCAUCACCACCACCAACGUGUGCAGCUGUAGCAGUGCUCCGCCUGCAGAGGAUUAUUGCUCGGAUACUUCGUUAAAAUUAGGGCUACCAUUUAACUAGCUCCGAUGAGAAUGGGAAGUUUGCAUAAAGGAAAUGGAGAUGGCAUUCCCGGCUUGGUUGCUGCUUCAAUCACGUACCUAUUAAGUAUAUAUAAAACCUUGUUUUAGUAACAGAGUAUCAUCAGCUCUAUGGCGUGCAAUUAAUUAUUUGUUUUUAAAAUAAUUUUGUAUUGCACUCGUAAAUACUGCCGGUUAAAUAGA